AUGCAGUUAAUCCACUUCAACAACGCGCUCGCUCUUUUCGCCAUAACGUGCUCGGCUGGCCCGAUCGCCCAGUUUACCCACAAGAUUCGAGAUCUGGAACAAAACAGACAGAGUCCUGGACCUACAGCAUAUCCUAGCCCGCUGCCACUCGAUAUACAUGUACCAGCGGCUUCAGAUGAAGCGAAUGGCGGUUUGGAUGUCGUUCCCAUUACGCCUUCCGUGACGGCGGAUGGUACUCAGACGGCGGUGCCGCAGGCUUCGUAUACCUCUACUGAGGUUUCUGGAUCGUCGAUACUUCCGGCAGAAGGGUAUUUGGGGACAGUUGCUCCGUUGUUGUCUCCAGAGGCUACUUUGGCUUCGUCUACAGCGGACAGUUCUCGUGCCACAGUGGAUAGUGGGUCGUCUAGCUCUACUGAGAUACCUGCAUUGUCGAUGCUUCCAGCAGAAGGGUAUUUGGGGACAGUCACUCCGUUGGUAUCUACAGAAGUUCCUUUGCCCUCAUCUACAGCGGACAGUGGGACGUCUAGCUCUACUGAGAUACCAGCAUCGUCCCCACCUGCAGGGGGAAAGCAUUCGUCCGCGAUCGCUUCCUCGUCUGCAGAAGCUACUUUACCUUCAGCGGAGACAUCUGUGGCUGUCAUUCCAACCACCUCUUACUCUCAUUCGGCGUCCCACUCAGCGUCAACUCCGAGUGUGUACAAUUCUACAACCUCAACCUCAAUCCCUCUUAUCAAGCACAGACCGACGGCAGGACCUUCACCUGAGCUUUCCACAUUUACACCCAUUUCAAUCGUUAUCGUUUCACCAAGCUCGGCCCUAGCAAGCACACCCACCACGACACCCAGUCUGACCGUUGGUGUCGUUGGACCACUGUCUGAUGUCGGGACGGCCAGCUCGUCUCCUUCAACUACUUUCUUUGCAACAGCUCUGCCAGAGACUCCUUCUUCAACGUCAACGGUGACCGAAACCGCGACGUCCAGCCCGACUGCCAGCGUCGUAGGACCGCAACCCGAGACAGAUACAACCACGUCUUCUUCCUCUUCAACAGCAUCUGCAUCCUCUCUUCCAGACGCUACACCAACAGAGCCAGCAGGCCAGCUUCGUACCACUUCCAGCGCACAGUCCACACCCACUACGACGCAAAGCGCAAGUACAGCCGAAAGUUCAAGUACUCGCCCAUCCCUCAACUCAGCAACACCAGCCCCCUUCAUCGGAGAAAUCACAAGCAGUCAGCCCCAGAGCGCUAGCCAUACAGCCAGCACCCACAGUGACAUCACUCCCAUCCUCACACCGGUGAUCGUCCUGAUUACACCAGGCGCAGAACCGACCCCCACGGCGACGACAACGACGACCACAACGCACCCAGACCCGUACGCAAAGGCAAACGCUAACGGAGAUCCAACAAGGAGCCCUGCGUCCGGCCCUACGGAAGGAGCGGAGAUAACCACAAUCCACGCGACAGCAACCGUAACCAAGAGCGUGGUUGUAUUUGCUUCCGGCACUCCUACGGCUGAGACGCCAGCUCCAGUUGCUAAUACCGAGGAGUCUGAGCCGGGGUUGGGCUCAAAGACCGCACUUACGACUGCUACGGUUACGGCUGUGCCUUCUGACCCCUAUAGAGAUCCGGGUGAUGCCCAUCUGUCCAUUGUGCCUGUUACGCCGGGGGUGAUGACUGUGACCACCACCACUACCAAAACCGAGACCGAGACCGAGACGGAGACUGUGACUAAAACGGAGAGAGAGACCGUAACGCAGACUGUUACGGAGACUAUGACGGAGAAGGAAACUGUCAUUUUGCGGGGGAGUUAG